UGCGGCUCUGACUCUCCGCUCUGCUCUGACCACACCGAGGGAAAGAGGUCCGGACGGAUACCGUCUCCUCCUCCUCCUCCCAGCUACCGAACUGCUCCCACGAAUUGCUUUUUGUUCACCCUCACUGAAGACGUUUUCUCUGUGGAGGGGGAGUUUGAGGGGAAUGAGCAGCGGGACGAACCUGCGCUGACUUUCUGGAGGAGACAGAGUCCCCCCCCGGUGCCAGCGGGGCAGAUAGUUGGUGGCGGAGCGGCUCAUCAGGAGCCGGACGAGGACGGCUAGCUUCCCUCCGUCUGCUGCCGGGAAAUAACGACACAGCGCCGAGAUGGCCGUGAAGCUGAUCUUGGUGUCGAUACUGUUUGGAGUGUUCUGCUCCUGUCAUGCUCAGAAAGAGGGGAACGAGUGCACGGAUGCCAAUGCGAAAUACUGUGGGGAGUGCAUCCAGGCUGGAGCCAAAUGUGGCUGGUGUAAAGACCCGGACUUCCUGAAACAGGGUGAGACGGUGUCGAGCCGUUGUGAUGAGGUGCAGUCUCUGAUAAAAAGGGGCUGCACUGAGGCAAUGAUUGAGAACCCACAUGGAGAACAGAAUAUCCUCAAGAACAAGACGGUGACUAAUCGCGGAAAAGGAGCAGGUAAACUGAAGCCAGAGGACAUCACUCAGAUCCAACCUCAGAAACUAAGCCUUACCCUUCGAUCUGGUGAGCCCCAAUCUUUCAACCUGACGUUCCAACGAGCAGAGGAUUAUCCCAUCGACCUGUACUACUUGAUGGACUUGUCCUACUCCAUGAAGGAUGAUCUGGAGAACGUCAAGAACCUGGGAACCAGUCUGAUGCUGGAGAUGUCUAAGAUCACCUCUGACUUCAAGAUAGGCUUCGGCUCAUUUGUGGAGAAGACAGUCAUGCCAUACAUCAGCACCACUCCAGCCAAGCUGCUGAAUCCCUGCACAGGCGACCAGAACUGCACCAGCCCGUUCAGCUACAAGAACGUACUAAAGCUGACCAGCGAUGGCAAGAAGUUCAACACCCUGGUGGGCCAGCAGCACAUCUCUGGAAACCUGGACUCUCCUGAGGGAGGCUUUGAUGCCAUCAUGCAAGUGGCUGUGUGUGGGGACCAGAUUGGCUGGAGGAAUGUGACCCGUCUGCUGGUGUUCUCCACUGAUGCUGGCUUCCACUUUGCUGGAGAUGGCAAGCUGGGGGGCAUCGUACUGCCUAAUGAUGGAAAAUGUCACUUGGAGGACAAUAUUUACACAAUGAGCCACUAUUAUGAUUAUCCCUCCAUUGCCCACCUGGUUCAAAAGCUGAGCGACAACAACAUUCAAACGAUCUUUGCAGUCACAGAGGAGUUCCAGCCUGUUUACCAGGAGCUGAAAAAUCUGAUACCAAAGUCUGCAGUGGGCACUCUGUCUGCCAACUCAAGCAAUGUAAUCAACCUCAUUAUAGAUGCGUACAACUCGCUCUCAUCUGAGGUUAUUCUGGAGAACAGCAAGCUUCCAGAAGGAGUGACCAUAGCGUACACAUCCCGCUGCAAGAACGGAGUGGUUAGCGAGGGGGAAAAUGGACGGAAGUGCUCCAAUAUCUCCAUGGGGGUUCCGGUGAGAGUUAUAGAGAGGCUUUUGGUAUUGUUGUACUUUGCCAAAUGGCGAAUAA